GUGACGAGAAUGGUAUCGCAUCUUGGAUAGAGUAAAUCGUGCACAUGUACAAUUUUUAUGUCAUCUAGGUUGGUACAUUUAUCUUUCGAUUCUAGAAAAAUAUACUGGUUGUAAGGCCAGUUCCACUUGCGCCUUUUACCAGGAGAGUUGGUCGAAAAAAGUUGUCAAGUUCGCGGGAUUUCCCCCGACUGAAUAACAACGAAGGGAGGUGUGUGGUUCGAUGGAACUAUUUAUAGUGAACUAACUUCUUAGUGAUACCAAAUAAUUACUGGAGAGUCUGUUUAGAGUCUACUUGUUAGUCUCGAAGGGGAGUUGAUUAUGGUUAAAUAUGAAAUGUCAACAUCCUGUCCAUCCGGUAUUCUUCUUCCUGGACUAGUUUAGAUCAAGUGCAGUAGAUCAGACUGGUUCGCCUCGGCGUAGAGAUUGAGUGAGGGUAUAUAGUGGUUGGUUGAUGUUUAUGGGUGAGAAGACAGGGUGAGAGUACAACACAGCGGUAACCCAUGACAACCAGCUGCUCAUACCGCUCAAGACUUGGCAGCCAUGUUGGGUGUCAGCGGGUAACCAUCGUACGCUUGGCCUUGGGGUCGCUCUCCCUAGCUGUGAUGUAGAGUCGUGUAUGCGAGCAUGUAUACGUAGGCAGCCAUCUCGAGAGUGAGAGUUAUUUUUUUUCUUGACCUGGUCGUCGGGAGUAUACGUCGCACUCCCCAGCCCAACAUCCAUGCUGGUAUCCUGCAACCUUAUCCCUUACCCUUGGAUGCUUGUGUGACGACGACUCGGGUGUUCUCCCGCCAUGGAAGCAGCACCUACGCCACUUGAAACGGUGGGAUCGGAAUUAGACACGGCCAUGAGCGUAGGGGAGUCAGAUAUCAACCUCAACUCAGCCGGUGAUACUUCCAGCACCACGGACUCCAACGCUGGGAUAUCAUUACCCGUGCCCACCAGCUUGCUAUCGAAUGUAGAGAACUUAACAUGUAGUAAAAGCAAGGAAGUGGAAUGCAUGAACUCGCAAUUGAGCGUCCAGCACGGUAUUAUCUCGGGCGGUGCCGGGACGGGCGGGCCCGGCAUCCUUUCCUUUUCCGCCCAACAAGUCGUUUGCGUCUGCGAGGCGUUGCGACAAGAAGGCAAUAUCGACAGAUUAGCGCGAUUUCUUUGGACGUUACCGGCUGACGAGACGCUGCAAAAUGACGAGACGGUGUUGCGAGCACGCGCCGCGGUGGCAUACCACCAGGGCCACUACAAGGAACUCUACAACCUCCUCCAAAACCAUAACUUUAACCCUGCCUUCCAUACAGAACUCCAGGACUUGUGGUACCAGGCCCACUACAAGGAGUCGGAAAAGUUACGUGGUAGGCCACUGGGUGCCGUGGACAAGUACCGCAUUAGGAGAAAGCACCCACUCCCAAGGACCAUCUGGGAUGGGGAAGAAAUGGCCUACUGCUUCAAGGAGAAAUCGAGAAAUAUGCUGAAAGAAUGCUACAAACAGAACAGGUACCCCACCCCUGACGAGAAGAGGAAUCUGGCUAAGGUGACAGGACUCACCAUGACUCAAAUUAGUAACUGGUUCAAGAACAGACGCCAGAGAGACAAGUUACCCAUGUCACUCAAAGGGGGUGGUGAUGGAGAAUAUAGUAACGGGAAGGAUUCCCCGAACGGAGAUUUCUCUCUUGAUGGUGAGACUGAAGGGUCUCGGAUAGGACCUGAUGGCGGUCUUCAUGGGGUCAACAGGGACAUGAGGCCAUCGAACGGGUUAGACCCGAUGUUGGGUCACCAUCAGUCGGGUUCUGCUAUAACAGUGAUAUCCACAAGCUCAGGAGGCGGUAACACCACCACUGAUCUUCUGCACCCACAGGCCGUGAAAGUGGAACCUCCAGAACCCUUAGACGAGAACAGAGGUGUACCUCUGAAUAUGCACGAGCCACCCGACCUGGCCAAUCUCACCGAUGCCACUGGGCUCCAGGCAUUCAAAUUUGUACCGGAGAUGCUGCUACCACAGAUGCUACCAUUGGCUCUAGCUUCAAGUAAAGGUGAUAUCAACAUGAACCACGCGGCUCAGCUAGCAACCAUGUCCAUGAUCAUGAACCCUGCCCUCCUGUCAAACCCGGCUCUUAACCUAUCAACAGCCAACAACAAUAAUAACAUCAUGCCCGGCAUGGCAUCCAUUGCAUCCCUCCAACAACAUCAGCAACACCACCACCACCACCAUCCCGAACUACAUCAUCAGCAACAGCAACAGCAACACGAGCAACAAGACAUGUCAGUGCACAAUGUUGCGACAACUUUGAGCAGUAUUCCCGCUGUGGUGUCGGCAUCCAGUGCAUUGAGCGCUGUGCUUUCGCAACAAGCAGCGACGGCGGGAGCAGGAUUUCCCUCCAAUUUUGCCGGCCGUCUGCCGUCUGCAAAUGAAAUGCUGAACAGCGCAGCCAUGGCUCUUUCCACAUUAUCGGCUAACGCCAAUGGUGGUGGACCAGGACAUUAUGCUUCGGAAUGAGGUGAACAUCUUCAUUGACAAGCUUGUGAUUUAAAAAAGUAAGGACUGUAAUAAUAUCACAUAAUCAUAAUUAUGUCUCCAAUUUGUCAUUUGUUUAAAUCAACUUUUCGUCACCCUUCCUCUUUCUAACUAUUAGCAGAUUUUGGAGGUAGUGGUGCAGCUAGUUAGUCCAUAUAGUUGUGGUCUUUGAAACGUUGUCCCAGGUUCAAGACCUAAUCAAUAUGUUAGACAGCUAGUUCAUGUGGAUGAGGGUUCAUUGGAUGGCAAAAAAAGGAGGAGGUAGACAAAUUUUGAGGGGGGGGGGGAACGUGAAAAGAAGAUGAUAAGACCCCCUUCCACAUACUGACUUCCCUUUAACGAAUAGACAUGCUUUCUUUAUUAAAUGUACACACACUGUAACUUAUUCAUGUAUACAAGUAUUUUCAUUUUGUGUGUGGCGUAUAGCCAGCGCUGAGUUUUAUUUGGUGAAUAUAUAUCAUCAACACAGAAACUCUUAUGGAUUACGUAGAAGACAGUACUAUUAUUACACAGUACAUAAUUUAAUAAAUUAUCACAUUCACUGAUUCAGAAUGCAUUUAUCACCUUACUUAAUAUCGUGCUUAUUUUCUUAUUGUGCUAUAUUUAAUGCUUUCCUCAAACCGAUGCAUUCUAAUUAUUAAUUCGAGUAUUCAUUUUUACGAACACUCAUUUAAAAUUCACUCUAAACAUCAUUAUGCCUACUUUGAUCUGUUCGUCAAUAGCUCUUGUAAUGAUUCUAUACGAAUAUUUUUUUUUUCAUCAAAAUUUAAUUUCUACCAUCACAAAGCCUGUUUAUCACUUAUUAUAUCGUAUAACUCUGACUUUGAUUUGGAUGAAUUGAAGCACAAUUGUGUCUGCUUUUAAUCAAGGUCAUUUUAUUAGUAUCGUCCUAACUUUAUUUUAAUUUACUUAGAAGAGAACGUAUUGGAUGUUUUAAACAUUCUUUAUGGGUUGUUAUUGUUUUCCCGUCUUGUAUAACCAUUAGUCAUGAUUUCUUUCUUAUUUUCGGUCUGCUAAUUUAACCGAAAUAGAAAGAAAGUCUAAUUUUACUUCCAAGCUCACAUUCAUUCUUGAAUUAUUUGCUUACAUUUCUUCCAUAAU